CCCACACACUCUCUCUCUCUCUCUGUGCAGACAGGGAUUAUUGCAGAUCUGCUGUAUGAUGGCUGUGGACGAGGUGGGGGGAUGUCACCCCUUCAGGCUGGUGGCUCUGCUCUGUGUGUUUGUGUCCCUGUGCCUGGGGGCUGCUGCAGUUUUCAGUCCAUCCUGGGUCACUGCUGACAACUUCUCCCAAUCCCUGUGGGACUCCUGCAGCCAAACCCAGGGAGAUUGGCUCUGUGACCCCGACUUGCAGAGAGACUGGCAGUUGGCCACAUUGGUGCUUCUGCUCACUGGAGGCUCCAUCUCUCUCAUCACGUUCCUGGUGGCUGUGGUCUUGCUUUGCCGGGGAGGACCCAAGAGGUUCUAUAGAAUCAUUGCCAUCAUGCUCUUCAUCUCAGUGGUUCUGCAGGUUUGUGCUCUGGUUCUCUACCCCAUCAAGUUCAUCGACAGCAUCAGGCUGACUGUUUACCACGAGUUCAGCUGGGGCUACGGCAUUGGCUGGGGUUCCAGUAUCUUCGCGCUGGGAGGAGCCGUGCUGUAUUGCCUGAACACAGACGCCUACGAGGAAGAUUACUAUUAGCUCCCGUGGCCGGCCGGCAGCGGGGGACUGUGCACAGACUCCGUGGCCUAUCGCUUGCUUGGUGUACUGUACUGACUGGAUGGUGACUCGCUGCUAUGCGAGUGAAGAGCAGGACUUUGGAGAGAAGGGAAAUGAAGAGCAGCAUCUCAGGGAGAGAGAGAGACGGACUCCUCUUGCGAGGGACACCGGACACGACAGUCAACAGUCAAACGGGCAACAUCAAGGAGCUUAUUGCGAUGACCUGUAACUAGCCUCACACACAGCUGUUGAUGAGAGUCACGGCAACAUCCGGACAAUGCUGGGGAUUGGGAUUUCAGAACUGAAAAGAGAUUAAUUGCAAAUGUGUAUUUUUAAAAAAAAUUGAUGCAUUAAAAUAUUCCCGUCUGUAUUGUUUUUAAA